CGUUCGAGUCCAAUUUCUGGAUCUUUCUAGAGUCGACUCGUUCGCUCAUAAUCGAUCAAAUUUGAUAAAUUUGUUCUGUGUUUCGAUCAAUCGCCAUUAAUCAAGCUUUUAAUUCAAGCUCUUCAGUGGGAUUUGGUUGCUGGACCUUCUAUCUUGUACAACUCCAAACAUGAGUUUUGUUUUCCGAGGUGCUAGAGCAGAUAUAGAACCUGGUUUUCCAGGAUUGAUCCCUGAGCGCCGUGCAGUGCGAGUCCAUGCUGGCCGUCCAGUUAAUACUAACUCACUAGCUUUUCUUGUCACAGUGCUCUUGCUGUUCAUGAUUCUGAAUUCUCAUCAAAUGUCACCGAACUUUCUGCUGUGGUUGGUGCUUGGUGUCUUCUUCAUGGCAACAACCCUAAGGAUGUAUGCAACAUGUCAGCAGCUUCAAGCCCAGGCACAAGCUCACGCUGUUGCUGCAAGUGGCCUUCUUGGUCCUACAGAGUUGCGGCUGCAUAUGCCCCCAUCACUAGCACUUGCAACCAGAGGACGGUUGCGAGGCCUCAGACUACAGCUUGCACUUCUUGACAGGGAGUUUGAUGACUUAGAUUAUGAAACGUUGAGGGCACUGGAUUCUGAUGAUGCUCCUACAACCCCAUCAAUGACUGAGGAAGAGAUAAAUGCUCUUCCUGUUCACAAGUAUAAGGUUUCUGGACCCCAAAGUGCUGGUACAUCAACACACCCAACAUCUUCUUCAGGGUCCACUGAGAAGAAGCAAGAACCUGCAAAUGCUGUAGGAGUUACAAAGAACUCAGAUGACGAACUAACUUGCAGUGUCUGCUUGGAGCAAGUCAAUGAUGGUGAACUCAUUCGUAGCUUGCCUUGCUUACAUCAGUUCCAUGCAAACUGCAUUGACCCAUGGCUACGGCAGCGGGGAACUUGCCCUGUCUGCAAAUUUAGGGCCGGGUCCAGGUGGGAUGAGAAUGGACUAGGAGGAGAAGAUGCUUAUGAUAUGGUGUAGUUUCAGCAUCGAUACACACAUACAUAUAUAUAGCCUGUAUCGUCAAACGUCUGUUAUGGCACUCUGCAAUUGUGCAAACUAGCAGAAAUAUCUCACAUUAGUAAAUAUUAGCUUAGUCUUAAAUUUUAUCAGGAUACAGAGGCGGGAUCCCUCGUUCGAGGUACACAGCCCAUGAGCCUGAACAAUCGUUUCGUCAAAUGUGUCUGUUUCCUCCCAUCAUUGUAUUGUACUGAAAAAUCGUAUCUGGAAAUUUUAGCUGU